AUGGGUAAUUCACAUUCAUCUAGUAAAUCGUUUCGUAAAAAACUCUCAAAGAAAAAAUCUUUACAAAAAUUGAUCAACUCAGAAUCUUUAAAGCAACAACCGAUAUAUGAUCCAUCUAAAUUUCAUUUACCAAAGAAUGAUAAAGAUAUUGAUAGAAUGCAUGAGCAGCACUUUUUAUUCAACCAUAUUUGGGGAUGCAAUUUUUCGUCACCGAUUGAGCGAAAAUUGCAUAAAGGAGCAAUAGUAUUAGAUGUUGGCUGUGGUCCAGGAACUUGGCUCCUGGAAAUGAGUACAACUUAUCCACAAUCUCAAUUUUACGGCAUAGAUAUUGAACAAAUAUUUCCAAAAGAAAUAAAACCAGGAAAUUUAGAAUUCAUUCAAUCUGAUAUUACAAAUGGUAUUAAAUUCGAUAAUGAUCACUUUGACUUUGUAAGAAUGAGUCUUUUGGCUCCAUUUCUUCAAGAAGAUAAAUGGAUUCGUGUUUUAAGAGAAUUAAUACGAGUGUUAAAACCUGGUGGAUAUAUCGAGAUCAUAGAACAUGAAUUACAAUAUAAUAUCGGUUCUUGCUUCUCUAUGCUAAUCACACCUUUGUUAAAUUUCAUAAGAUCGACGGGUGCCAACGUCCAAAUAAUGCAAAAAAUCGAUUCACUACUUACAACAUCAUCAUCAUCGAAUCAUCGU